AAGACAGCUGUACAUAAAUAGGUUAGGUUAGAGUCAAAUUAACAUGCAGAAACUAUAGUUCUCGUGCUUAUAGUCAUGAGAAUAAAGUGCCAUAUUGCAAUGAUAAGAACGAUUUCUCCACACCCUGAUAUAAGACUCUUGAAUUAUUAUUUAAUGUAAACAAACGGUUGAUCGUGCAAAAGAGUAAAAUGGCUGUUAGUUCGCUUGUCAAUCUGGCAGAACACUGACAAUAAUGUGAGAAGUGGAUAUCAUUGUACGCCCACAUGCUUAUUGAAAGCCGAUAAGAACGUACUGAAUUUCUUGUUAAGUUCUACUGCAUGUGCCGUAUAUCAUCCACGAUGAGUAUUUUGAGAAGAAGAUUAAAUGAAUUUGAUGAUAUUUUGAAUGCUGAAGAAAUAGAUCUCAUCAGUCUCAAACGACUAUGCUUCCAUGGAAUACCAGAUGAAGGAGGUUUAAGACCUUUAUGUUGGAAACUUUUAUUAAAUUAUUUACCUUCAACAAGACUCAGUUGGUCAGAAACACUUACACGUAAAAGAACACUUUAUAAAACCUUUAUUGAGGAUCUCAUUGUCACUCCAGGUGAAGCAAAUAGUGAUGGUGAACGUGUAGAUGUUACACUUCAUGAUCAUCCUUUAAAUUUAAAUCCUGAUAGUAAAUGGCAAACCUAUUUUAAGGAUAAUGAAGUUCUUCUACAAAUAGACAAAGAUGUUAGGAGAUUAUGCCCAGACAUAUCAUUUUUUCAACAAGGUACAGAUUAUCCUCGAGAAGAGAUUGUAAAUGCUAGUGGACAAAAACGUUUACAUUCUAGAGUACAACAUACAGUUUUAAGAAGUGCAAAUGUUGAAAGAAAGGGACUUGGUGUCACUAAGCAGAUAGCAGUUUCUAUCAGAAAAGCUGCAGAAGAUUAUGCACCACUUGCAGAAGGUGGUGAAGCACAUUGGGAAGUUUUAGAAAGAAUACUUUUUCUUUAUGCUAAAUUAAAUCCAGGACAGGGCUAUGUGCAAGGCAUGAAUGAAAUUGUUGGUCCUAUUUAUCAUGCAUUUGCUUGUGAUCCAGAUCAAAAAUGGAGAGAACAUGCAGAAGCAGAUACUUUUUUUUGCUUUACGAAUUUGAUGAGUGAAAUUCGUGAUUUUUUCAUAAAAUCGUUAGAUGAAGCCGAAUUUGGAAUAAAUUCGAUGAUGAGUAAACUUACAGCUCAAGUUAAAGCUAAUGACCCUGAAAUUUGGAUGCGUUUACAUCAACAAGAAUUAUGUCCACAAUAUUAUAGUUUUAGAUGGUUAACACUUCUUCUAUCACAAGAAUUUCCAUUACCUGAUGUUAUGAGGAUUUGGGAUUCUCUUUUUGCUGAUGAAAACAGAUUCAGCUUUUUGAUACAUAUUUGUUGUGCCAUGAUUUUACUCUUAAGGGACCAAUUACUUGCUGGUGAUUUCGCUACAAAUGUUAAACUUUUACAAAAUUUUCCUUCAAUGGAUAUUCAAAUAGUACUUUCCAAGGCAGCUGCAUUGGCAGGCAAAAGUUUGAAUUCACCAUAAUUCUACAUAAUUUUUCAUGUACAGCUUCGUUCGACUCAAAAACAUAAACGAAACGUCUGAAACAUCUUUUAAAGGUAUAUAUUCUUCAUGUUGUUAUUUCCUUUAUUUCUUAUUUUUCUCUUUGUUCUUAUUUUUACAAUACAAAUUAUGAUCUUACACAUAGGCCUGAAUAUUCUUCCGCGAACGCGAAGAUUAUUAGAACUAAAAAUUGUUCUAAAUAGUUCGGACAGAAAUAUAUGUAUCAUAUAUAUUGUAACAUGAUAUUGUGUGUAAAAACUGUUAAAAAGUAAAAUGAUUUUACACAAUGUUUUAUAUUCCCGAGAUAUAAAAUUUCUCCAGUUCUAUAUUGGAGACCGGGAUUAAUAAGAUAUGAAUUUAGCUCUCUGUUUCUUUAUUUACAACAAGAAAAAAAUCUCAACCCUUAACGAAAAAAAUAAGUUCUAAAUACAAUAAUUUCUAUUAUUUUCACUAUAUUUAAUUACAAAUUAUUAAUAGAA